UUUGAAAGAAACCUAUAUUUACUUACUUCAUCUAAAUAUCUCAUGUACUCUACCUAGGGUUCCCCUUCCCGCCUCCCCCACCGGAAAGAACUAGUCUCGCAGCGCCGCUCUCCGCCCAUCGCCGCCCACUGUCGCCGGUUCUCUUAAGUUUGAAGCAGAUGGAGAUUGACGGCGUCGAGCACCAGAAGGUGUUUGAGGUGGACCUGGGUCACCUGAUGGCGUUCGAUUCUCAUCACACGUUCCCUACUCAACCACCUCUUUCCAGGGAGGAUCUCGUCAAGCAGGCUCUACAAAAAGGCACUGAGCUAGUUCAAGCUAUUGCAGAUUCCCUCUUUACUCUGCCAGCUACUGAAGAUGUUGAUGGACCCCUUGUUAAGCUUCCUGCACCUCUCACCAGAUUGCCCAGAGAAAAACAUCUGCCAAAACCAAAGCCUCCUACUAAAUGGGAAGCUUUUGCCAAAAAGAAAGGCAUACAAAAAAAGAAGAAAGACAAGGUUUUGUAUGAUGAACAAUCUGGAACUUGGAAACGCAGAUACGGGUAUGAUCGUGCGAAUGAUGAAGAUGCUGUGCCUAUCAUUGAAGCAAAGGAAACUGACGAUCCUACAGAGGAUCCUUUUGCCAAAAGAAAAGAAAAUAAAAGGAACAGAGUUGAUAAACAGGAGAAAAACCGACUACAGAACUUGAAAGAAGCUGCAAAAUUUGGUGCUUUACCAAGCCAUGUUCAGUUGGCUGCUACAGCUUUGCCUAUAACAGGAACUCAAGCAGCACCCAAGAAAGUUACCAAGGAUGAAUUAGGUAAUGUUGCAGGAAUUGCUGCAACUUCAACAGCUAGUGGUGGGAAAUUUGACAAGAAAUUGGCGGGUGAAAAGCCUCCACAGCAUAAAGGAAAAUAUCGAAAGUUCCUGCCGGUGGCAGAAGGAACAGGGAUGGGAUCACUCGAGAGGCAGCAAACUGAAAAAAUAUUGAACAAGAUCAUGUCCAAGAAUUCCCAUGACAUACUCAAUGUCAACAAGGCUGUCACUGUGCAAACUGUGAAGAAGGAGAAAAAACGAAAUAAUGAUAAAGCUAGGGCUUCAUCGACUGACAGCAAAUUGAAACCUAAGAAGAAGCCUUUUAAAAAAGGAGAUUUCAAGAAAAGCAGUGGAAAAGGAGAUUUCAAGAAAAGCAGUGGAAAAGGAGAUUUCAAGAAAAGCAGUGCAAAACCAAAACAGUAGUUUAGAUUUUAUCACAGGGUGUAGAGUUUUUUGAACUCUGUUUUACUAUUUUUGAAGUUUUGUAGACAAUUAUUUAAUCUAUCAUUUGGUGUCCUUUUAUUUACUCUCCUUAUAAUCAAAUUCCCCUUUUUGUAUGAAUCAAUUCGUUUUUUUUAAUAGACGAAAGAGCUCCUUAUUGAUUUUUCAAA